UUCAAAUCAAAACAUUGAUGUGAGAUUUCAAUAGCUAAAAGCAUUGAUUUUGGAAGCAAAUCUAUUAGGUAUAUAAAUUACCUAGUUCAGAACCAACUUUAUUUAGUGAACGCAAACUUAUCCGAGCGGAACGCAUCGAAAGAAACGAAUUUUAGAAUUCUGUAGCGAUGUUUCUGAUAAUAUUCCGCAAGUGCUCGAAUAUUCCUUGGUCAAUAACUAAAUCAGACCGUAUUAAUGCGCUUAGAAAACAAUACGACGCAUUUCUUGAUGAAGACAAAAAGCGUAAAGACAGAAAUGAGUUCAUUUUAGGCUGCCUUGAAAAAAUGCGUUUAUACACCCCUGCUGUGAUACCAGUUCACCAUAAUUUGGGAAGUCCACAAAUAGGAAAAUAUCAUUUUGUAACCCAAGAGCGACCAGAAUAUCUAAGAAAAAUAAGAUUUGAUGAUAAUUUAAUACUACGCUCAAGACCAACAGAUGUUUUAGCAGAUUGUGUUGUAAAAGAUGAACAAAAAAUAUUACAAGAAAUAAGUAAAAAAUAUAUACUUAUUCCAAAACUUCGACCUACUAACGAAAAUAGUGUAACUUAUUAUAAUCCAUCGAGCGUAAGUAAUGAUACUGAUUGGAGAAAUAAAUAUAAUAUUUUAGAUGAGCUUAAGAAAGUUGAAAAGGAAGGAUCAUCAGAGGUUUCAAAGGAUACAGAUAUAACACACGAAACUUUCAAUAAUCGAGAAAACAUUGACUUUGAAUCUAUGAUAGCUACACCAGAAAACGGAAAAGAACAAAAACUCGACAUCAACAAAGAUCCAAUUUAUGAUAGACAGGAAAAUAAUGAGAAAGGGCCAGUCACUGAAUUACAAACUAAUAAUACUAAAAGUUAUUCUGAUUAUAAUAUUGAGUGCAAAAAUCCUUUGGAAGACGAGCAAAAUAUAAUUCCUACCAAAGUGAAAAACGCUGAAAAUAAAGUUGGUUCACCAGGAUUGAUUUCUAUAAACCAAGAACAAACUUUUUCUGAUACAAAUAAGGUCAGCAAUGAAUUUUAUCCAAGUGGAAAUGUAGUCGACGUUAAACUAAGAAAUGAAAAUAAGAACGUUGAAAAGUUGAACAAUAAUCAAGUUCAAAAUGUUCAACAAAUAGAAAUGAAAGUAAACAACAUGGUACCAACAAAUAGAGAUCAUAUAAGCGCGAAAGUAAAUAAUAUGAAAAAUGAAGCAUUUGCUCAAAACAAUACAGUCAAGCUAAGCAAUGCCGAAACUGUCGAUAGUAAUACUACGGUGCCAUUCAUUGAGAAAGAAAAUAUUGAUUUGAGUUUGAAAACCGUUGAAACAGUUGCGCAUCCUGAGGAAAGUAUUGAAAAUCUAGAAUCUUAUGCUAUUACUGGUCAAAAUGAACCUGUUUCAGAAAAUAUUCAGCAACAGGAAUAUGAAUCCAAUAACGAGAGAACAAUUGUAAGUGACGCUAUCCCUUCACAAAUAGAUGAAUUUGAAGCUGAACAAAAAGGAAUGUUCUAUGCAGAAGAAACUGGAUACAAUCAAAAUGUUGAUACUACGGGAUAUAAUGCACAAAAUGAAGAAUAUACAAAUGAACAAUAUUCUUACUAUAAUGAACCUCAACAAGAACAACCUUACUAUGCAGAAAUCAAUGAACACGAAGAGUCGACGGAACGUUAUGAUCCCAAUUACGAACAACAAUAUGUUGGGAAUUAUGAAGAAAAUGUCAAUGUUGCUCAGUAUGAGAACCAGCAAUAUGCAGCAGAUAGUUAUGAAAAUCAGCAAGAGGUAAUGAACGUUAAUUACGAACAACAGCCAGACCAGCAAGAAAUGACAAAUGGAAAUUAUUAUGACCAACAGCCAGGCCAACAAGAUCUAACUAAUUUAAAUUAUGAACAACAGCCAGUUCAGCAAGACCUAACUAAUGUAAAUUAUGAGCAACAGCUAGGUCAGCAAGAUCUAACUAAUGUAAAUUAUGAGCAACAGCUAGGUCAGCAAGAUCUAACUAAUGUAAAUUAUGAGCAACAGCUAGGUCAGCAAGAUCUAACUAAUGUAAAUUAUGAGCAACAGCUAGGUCAGCACGAUCUAACUAAUGUAAAUUAUGAGCAACAGCUAGGUCAGCAAGAUCUAACUAAUGUAAAUUAUGAGCAACAGCUAGGUCAGCAAGAUUUAACUAAUGUAAAUUAUGAACAACAGCCAGUUCAGCAAGACCUAUCUAAUGUAAAUUAUGAUCAACAGCUAGGCCAACAAGACCAAACUAAUGUAAACUAUGAGCAAGUGCCAGGUCAGCAAGAUCUAACUAAUGUAAAUUAUGAACAACAGCCAGUUAAUUAUGACUACGGACACUCUACACAUCUUGACAAUCCUGAUCAAAGCCAAAUUGAAAAUAUAAAUACUUAUGAUAGCCAAGCCAGUGAACUUGUGAACUAUGAAACUCAACAAUAUAAUGAAGUAGGUGAGGUUGAACAUCCUACAAUUCCAGACCAGAAUGUAUAUGAAAGUCAACAAGACUAUGUACAAAUGCGUACUGAACAAGAAGCAAUACAAAACAUGGAACAACAACUUGAUGGGGAAGGUUAUACAGAAAUUCAAAAUACAUAUCCAAGUGAGCAAGCUGCUGCUGUAGAAAAUAUUAGUGAUAUAGAACCAAAUAUUAAAGUAACUUAAACAGUAAA